AUUUUGUGCUUAUGACUCCCCAGGGGCUUCCUCAUGUUCCUGGUGGUACUCGUUGUCUGCGCAUCCCUCGUCGACAUGUGGCUCGCCCACACUGGUAAUCGGCGUCUGCCCAAAGGUGUCCUCCGCUAUUUGCUGGUGUUUUCCGCCUACACCAACCUUGGCAAGAUACUCCAAGUGAAUCCGUCGAGUGCGCCGGGAACCAUCAGCUGCCUUCAUGCCAUGAGAGUCCUGUCCAUGACGUGGGUGAUAUACUGCCACGAGAUCACUGUGCCCCUCGUUUACAUGGUCAACAUUACUUCAUAUUUUACAUCACUGAAGGGCUUCGUGGCGCAGGUCAUCCUGAACGGCUAUCCCAGCGUCGACACCUUCUUUUUCCUGAGCGGUCUCUUGGUGUCCUACAGUGUGCUUAGGGCGGCCAAGAGGACGGGAGGACGCUUUAAUGUGCCUCUCUACUUCGUCCACAGAUUCAUACGCUUGGUCCCGCCAAUAGGCAUCGUGGUAGGUUUGCUGGCCACAGUGCUGCGCUUUUUUGUGUCCGGCCCUGCGGCCUCCGCCUGGGACUACUGGUACGAGAAUUGCAAGAGGCAUUGGUGGAAGGACAUCCUUUUAGUCAGCAAUUUCAUGCUGGAGACUGGAGACUGUAUCGGUCAGACGUGGUACCUCGGGGUCGACAUGCAACUGUAUCUGGUGGCGCCCAUCAUCAUCUUGCCUCUCUACCGCUACAAGACUUCUGGUGAAGCUUGGCUCUUCCUGGUGACCGUAUUUUCGGCAAUAAUCCCCGCCGCCAUCACCUACAAAUUCGACAUGGCUCCAACACUGCUCCAGGGCCAAGGGAACACCACUCAAGCAUUCCUUAAGAGAUACUUGAUGCCUUGGUGCCGCGCUUCUCCUUGGCUGGCAGGGGUCUGGCUAGGCUACCUCCUCUACCGUCAGGGAAACGUCCGGUACAAGAUGAGUAAGGUAAGUGACUUCUUUUACGUUUGGCUUUAGCACCGAUUGGCUUUU